AAUUACGCUUAAAUCAAGGUAAUCGAAUCUCCUCAGAGAUAUAGCCAGAUAUUUGCUGUGUUUACCGAAUCUAGUUAUUUUUCAUCCUUUUUAAUUAAGAAAUCUGAUUCAUCUCACGGCGUGUGGGUCCAACCAUUGUAGUACAAGUGAAAGUUGGCGCUACUUAUUACUCAGUAUUAAUUAAGAUUAAGAUAUAGUACUAAUUAUCUUAGGUAGUGCUAAUAAAAGCGUGGCGAUCGAGUUCGUAUUCGAGUUCUUGCAUUCGUAUUUCUGCAAAAUCCACAGCGCAGCAUUUGUUUUACCAACUCCACUUCUCUCUCUCACGCAGUCACUGUUGCAUACACAUGAGCUUCUAAAUAUCAUUUUUCUUGUGAUUAUUGUAUAUUGUUUUAUUUUUUGGAUGUACAAAUUGAUACGCGGGUGUGAUACGAGCGCGGGGUUUGAAGUUGGCUUGAUUUCAGCUUGGGACUGAAUCCCGUGCCGAACACGUGUUCGUCGGAUUGGUCGGAUCGCGGGCGAGAUAGUUCUUGCUGGAUAAUGAAAAUUCAUAGUUGUCUAUGAAGGCACCCAAGUCAUGGAGGUGGCAGAUGAAGAGGCAUCAUUUCUUAUUUGACCGGGUAGAACUGCAGAGAGUACUUGGAAUGAAGAUGAAACAACUCCCAUUCAUGGGAGUUGUCUGUACAGUGAUGUUGUUCAUCAUAUACAGGACCACAAUUUUCCAGUAUCAACAGACAGAGAUGGAGUCAAAACUGGAUCCUUUUUACACUUUCAAGGAAUCAGGCGUGGAUACCAUGGAGAGUUUGCCUCGUGGUAUCAUUGAAGCAAAGUCAGACCUGGAGUUAAAGCCUCUAUGGACAACAAGCAGUGCCAAUUCAAAGUUUCAGGUCAAUGCUCAGCGCUCUAUUAAUUUGCUAGCUAUGCCUGUUGGAAUUAAGCAAAAGAAAAAUGUUGAUACUGUUGUUCGGAAGUUUCUUUCAGAAAAUUUCACAAUUGUUUUGUUUCACUAUGAUGGCAACUUGGAUGGAUGGUGGGACCUGCGUUGGAGCAAGCAAGCUACACAUAUAGUUGCUCUCAACCAAACAAAAUGGUGGUUCGCAAAACGCUUUUUGCAUCCAGCUAUUGUGUCUAUCUAUGAUUACAUAUUCCUGUGGGAUGAAGAUUUGGGAGUAAAGAAUUUUCACCCUGGAAGGUAUCUGGAUAUUGUAAAAUCAGAAGGACUUGAAAUAUCGCAGCCAGCUUUGGACCCAAAUUCUACUGGCAUACAUCAUCGGAUUACUAUAAGAAACCGAAUGAGUACAUUUCAUAGAAGAGUCUAUGAUGCCAGAGGUAGUAUUAAGUGCUCAGAUAACAGUGAAGGGCCUCCAUGCAGUGGUUUUGUAGAAGGUAUGGCUCCUGUGUUUUCGAGAUCAGCAUGGCAUUGUGCCUGGCAUUUGAUACAGAAUGAUCUUGUUCAUGGAUGGGGGAUGGACAUUAAACUCGGCUAUUGUGCACAGGGGGAUCGUACGAAGAAGAUUGGAGUUGUUGACAGUGAAUAUGUAGUUCAUCAGAGCAUACAAACAUUGGGUGGUGCAUCUGCUAGAAAGGCUGUGAAUCCUGAAGUGACCACAAAGAAGCAUGGAGUUGAUGUCAGAUUAGAGAUUCGGAAGCAGUCGUCUAUGGAGCUUCAAAAAUUCAAGGAACGAUGGGAACGAGCUGUUAGGGAAGACAGAAACUGGGUUGACCCGUUUUCCUCAACCCAAAGACGAAGGUUUUGGCGCUAUUACAGACGAGAUUCUAAGGUUUAACUAGCCUAAAUUUAUUUAAGAUCGAUUUGGGUGUUAGUCUCUUUGUAAUUUUCUAGUGUGUUAGGGGAUCAAAUUUAUAAUGCUUAUUUUUUUGGUUCUUUUUCUUUUA